UCGUUGACUGUUUGGUGUCUACUCGUAAGCAUUUUCUCCUCUAUUCAGCAGCUUCGGCGAGGCUUUAUCCCCGCGAAUUUCAACUCCGUGAACGCGUGAGCGAGUUUACGAUUGUCCGCCCGUAAAAUACACAAAGGCUUCGUAGCAAGAAAUUCUUCUCAUCUUCAGCCAGCUGGCAUUCAUGAGCGGACAGCGCUUUGAAGAAAGCUGACGUCUCGAUACAUAGUGUCUUAAAUAAUAUUUUGUAAAUAGCUCUAUAUAUACAUAUAUAUACAUAAACUUUACCUGAAGAGAAAUUUACAAAAAAACCUAUAAUCUUUUCGCAAUUCUAAAUUUAUUAUCGCGUCAGCCUUUGAAACGAGCCUUCUUAUCGUUAAUAAAAGGAAACGUUUUGUUACUCGUUACUGGUAAAGCUUUCCCGACUCGAUAGGAACGCGUCCAUUCCAUUGACGAAUAAUGUCGUCGAUGACCGUCUUUUCGAGGAGUGCACUCGAAAAAUAUACGUAAGGAUCGGACAAAGAGCAAGCUCGACAAUGUAGUGUUCUGGUAGGUGCUUGCUGGCGGAGACUCAAGCUCAGACUAUCACGGUGGCCAAGCGAGCCGAAACAGGUGGAAAAUUUCCGGUGCGAUAUCCUGAAGAGUACCACGAAGAGCUAUCGUGCGAUUAUCGAUGAUGGUGGAAGGCACGUUGCCAGAACGCGAUUGGUUAGUCCGGCACGCGUCUCCGCUCGGCUCGUGCUUUGCUGCUACGUGGCGUUCAUCAUUUCGUUAAAUUUUUAUUUUUUUUUCGAAAACGGAAUAAGGAAGAAAGAAAUUUUUUGAGAAAUGCCAGGCGUGAAAUGACGAAUUUCGGGCUGGUACCCGAUCUUAGGCUGCCAAUGUCUAAGUCGUCGUUGCAACGUAAGAGAGGCAAAUGUUGCUUAGCCAGUUAUUAAUGCAUCUCUACGGGGUAUCAUUGCGACGUACGAAACUUAUGACGACGAAUACGGCAAAGUGGGAAAAGUCUUGAUUUCGAUAUCUGCAUCUCGAAGAGCAAAACGACGAUAAGAAAUUCUCGGAGAAAUUGGAAACUUGUUCCCGGGAGGGUAAAAGCUUCGUUGAAAAAAUUAAAUAUAGUCACGACGAGUAGUUAAAUAAAUAGAUUCGUAGAUAAAUAAGCGAACAAAUAGAUGGAAGUAGAGCGGCUACCGAUCGCCCGGGAGACGUAUAGUAAGUAGAGUUCUCAAAUGUAAGAGAGUUAAGAUCAGGUUAGAGAAACGUUUUAGAAGCUUGAGAAGAACUUGAAUUAAAAAUAGAGAGUAGCAGCGUGAUCGUUCUUUGAGAGAUGUAGACUAAUAGUCAUACUAGUAAUCGCGCGACGGACUUGAAGAAGCAUGAAUCAAACGACCGUCAGCUCAAGCUGACCUAAGAAGAACCGAGGCAAAAAGUGGCGUAUUCCACGCCACAAAUUGGAGAGAGGAAGUCUUUAAUUUUAAAGGAUAUAUUGGAUCUGAACUUAGAAGAAAUCUUUGGAGAGUUGCCAGUGGCGAAUGCAAAAAAUCGUUUUAUGUUUGUUGCAAGAAAGAUAUUUAGAGAGUAUCGUCAAAAUUUUAACGAACAUUUGAGCGGUGUCGUAAAUUUCAAUUUCGUAAAUGCCGAACCGGCAAAAAAAUAUAUAUAUAUAUAUAUUUCAUUCAAUCGAAGAACCUCAUCUUUCGUCGAAAAAAUUAUUUGCGAUAAUAGAAUCGAUGCGGCUUGAAUCGUGGAUAUUAGAUUUAUUGUAGCUCUAGAUCCGAAGAGAGAGCGAAGAUCUCUAGACAUAUCGAGUAAAGGUCGAUUCGGCAAAGCCGAGAGCAGAGCGUACCGCCGACGCUUCGAAUAAGAUCGACGCUGACUCUUUCGCUACCCUGAAGAAAGAUUCCACCGUCAAGCAUGGCCUCGGUGGCAGCGUGGUUGCCAUUUGCCCGGGCGGCGGCGAUCGGCUGGGUGCCGAUUGCCACACAUCCACUGCCACCGCCGCCGAUCCCCAAGGAUCGGCGCAAGGCCGAUGACGAAAAACUGCUGAUCAAUGUGAGCGGCCGUCGCUUCGAGACGUGGCGUAAUACCCUGGAGAAGUAUCCGGAUACGUUGCUCGGCUCGAACGAGCGCGAGUUCUUCUACGACGAAGAUAGCAAGGAAUACUUCUUUGACCGAGAUCCGGAUAUCUUCCGGCAUAUUCUCAACUAUUAUAGAACCGGCAAGUUGCACUACCCGAAGCACGAAUGCCUGACGAGCUAUGAUGAGGAGUUGGCGUUCUUCGGCAUUCUGCCAGACGUCAUCGGUGACUGCUGCUACGAGGACUAUCGGGAUCGGAAGCGCGAGAAUGCCGAGCGGCUGAUGGACGACAAGCUGAGCGAAAACGGCGAUCAGACCCUCCAGCAGCUGCUUGACAUCCGGGAGAGCAUGUGGCGAGCAUUCCAGAAUCCGCACAUCUCCACCGCCGCAUUAGUCUUCUACUAUGUUACCGGAUUCUUCAUCGCUGUGAGCGUACUGGCGAACGUUGUGGAGACCGUGCCGUGCGGGAAUCGUCCGGGUCGCGCCGGCACUCUCUCGUGUGGCGAGCGCUACAAGAUCGUGUUCUUCUGCCUCGACACCGCGUGCGUGAUGAUCUUCACGGCCGAGUACCUGCUGAGGUUAUUCGCCGCACCCAGCCGAUGCAAGUUUGCGCGCUCCGUGAUGUCGGUCAUCGACGUGGUCGCGAUAUUGCCCUACUAUAUUGGGCUCGGAAUUACCGACAACGAUGACGUAUCGGGCGCGUUCGUGACGUUGCGCGUGUUUCGCGUGUUUCGCAUCUUCAAGUUCUCGCGCCACUCACAGGGACUACGGAUUCUAGGUUACACCCUAAAGUCCUGCGCCUCCGAGCUGGGUUUCCUCGUGUUCUCGCUUGCGAUGGCCAUCAUCAUCUUUGCCACCGUCAUGUUCUACGCGGAGAAGAACGUCGACGGCACCAACUUCACCUCGAUACCAUCCGCCUUCUGGUACACCAUCGUCACGAUGACUACGCUGGGCUACGGUGACAUGGUUCCGAAAACGAUUGCGGGGAAAAUCGUCGGGGGUGUAUGCUCCUUGAGCGGUGUCCUAGUGAUCGCUUUACCGGUACCUGUUAUCGUCAGUAACUUCAGCAGAAUAUAUCAUCAAAAUCAACGUGCUGACAAACGAAAGGCGCAGAGGAAAGCCAGAUUGGCGCGCAUUAGAAUCGCGAAGGCGUCGAGCGGUGCAGCCUUUGUGAGCAAAAAGAAGGCAGCGGAGGCGCGUUUGGCCGCUCAGGAGAGCGGGCUGCAUUUGGACGAGUUGUACAAAGAGGAAGAUAUCUUUGAACUGCAGCAUCAUCACCUACUUCGUUGCUUGGAGAAGACUACGGACCGUGAAUUCGUGGAGAUGGAGGUGCCGUACAACGGUGCCCCGAAGAGGCCGGGCUCGCCGUCGCCCCUGACUUCCCCCGCGCACAGCACUGCCUCCAGGGGCGGCCUGCUACAGUCUUGCUGCGGGCGCUGCUACCCCCAACGUUACCAGCCGAAGGAACAGCGGGAGCCUGUAGUGGAGCACCCACUUCAGAUCAGCCAGGACCUAAAGAAGCGCGAUUCGCACAUCUGCGACAUGCAGGUCCUACAGCCACUUCCGGCCCCCACCAACACCGCCAACACCGCGCCCGUCAUGACUACUUCCGGUGGGCAACCACCGCUCCCGGUAUCGGAGACCGUUUGAAUCGCGACGAUCACGAGAACCGAUCACGAUCGUCUGUGUGUGAUAAUGCGUUAAUCAUGCAUUAUCACACCACCAUUCACCUAUAAACUCACCGCCGUCCUCCUCCACACCUGUGCUUGCUGAACCCGAUGAACGAACCACGGUCGACUACGGUCGAAGCAACGUAAUAAAAAUAAAUUGUUCGCAUCGAUGCCACGCGAGGUGAAGAUCAUCAUCAGGUUCAACAGCAUUCUAUUCGCGAUUGAUUCGCUCCUCAGAGGAUGUGGCGAUCGUUCGUUACUCGACGGGAUUCAUGGAGGAUCUACAAGGAAGAUCCAGAUUAUCGUGGAUGUUCUUUCGCGAUCUAUUCCGCCGCGGAUUGAUUGUUAUCGAAGCAUGAGGAUCGACGCGCGGUUUAUCCUCUGUGAUAAUAAUCCUAUCAGGAUUUGCGUCGUCUCGCAGAUUUUCGUUUAACAGAAAAAACAUCUCAUGUUAACAUGUCCUCGUUGCAGUCGCAUAUCGGAUGGAUUUCUGUAUGGAGAAGAGAACGUCGAGUCUUUCCUACGGAAAGUCGUGCCGAUUUACCGUUUAAUUUACGCCAGCAGCGAGAGACGGGUUCGCGAAAUGGGUAACCAGGUGUGGCUGAGCGAUUGCAAUUAGGGUCGCGAAUUAUACGGGAUUUGUUCGUGUGGGGUCGUGUUCUCGAAAAUUUUGCACUACUAUUUCGUGUCAGACCGUUCUAUAAAUAAUGUUCUUUCUUAAUUAAGAUUCUUGAAGGGAAAGAAAAGGCGCAUACCGUUAAUUGUAAUUAUUUAAAUAAUCAAGGAUUUAUUAAUUAGUCAAGAUUAGAAGUUUAUUUGCACAUUAGUGACGAUGUUACUUCACGAUUUUUAAUGAUUAUUAUAACAGUUAUGAAUACAUAUUAAUAAUCGGUGCUAAGCUGAAGCUCAUACUUAUUGUUAGUUCUAUAUGCAGUUGUUUGAUUCUUUUAUUGUCUUUGUAUUAAAGAAUUUGUAUUAUAUGAUGUUUUUUUGCAUAAUUACAAUUCAGACAAAUACAUUUCAGAUCAGGCAUCCAUUUAGCGAUCAAGAGAAGAAAAAUAUGUAUUUAGGCGUUUAUUUCAUGGUUUUAUAUUCCGAAAUUAUUUCCAGAAAAUAAAACAUUUUAUCUUAAUUGGUUACAGUAUAUAAUAUUACAGUCGAGAGAAUUCUUAGAGAAUAAAACUCUCUCACACACAAGUACCAAUCUCUAGCACUAUAUAUGAAUUCAAUGAGUUCUAAUAUGUAUUGUAUGAAUUACAUGCAGGGCAUACAAUUAUGAAACUGUAUACGUAUAUCAUAUAAAUACUAAUCGUUGAAGUUAAUCAAACAAAUUUAAUAAUUUGUAUUAUGUUAUUUUAAACAUUUUGAUAAUCUCGAAUAUACGUAUAUGAUUAAAAUAU